AUGUCCAACAUCCUUUCCGCAAUUUUGAGAGAUAACUCCCUCGAUCUGGCGCCCUAUGAGGCUCUGUAUAGACACUUCCAUGCCAAUCCAGAACUCUCUCUCCGAGAAAAGGAGACAUCGGAGAAAAUUGCAGAACAUCUUUCUCAACUGAAUGCAUUUGAGCUACACACCCAUAUCGGUGGCUAUGGAGUUGUAGGAGUGUUGCGAAAUGGCCCGGGCAAAAAGAUACUCCUGCGCGCCGAUAUCGACGCCCUACCGGUCCAGGAGCUGACCUCCUUGCCGUAUGCCAGUUCCAAGACUAUGCGAGAUGCCAAUGACAUUGAACGACCAGUCAUGCAUGCUUGUGGCCACGAUAUGCACAUCACCUGUCUGCUUGCUGCGGCGCAAAUGCUUGUCAAGAUACGGGACGCGUGGAGCGGUACCUUGAUUGUGUUAUUCCAGCCCGACGAAGAGCGCGGCGGAGGCGCUCAAGCAAUGGUGGAUGAUGGUCUAUACUCCAAGGUCCCGAAGCCAGACUACGCAUUCGGCCAGCAUGUCAUGCGUUUGCGUGCUGGGAGUGUCGGCAUGAGACCUGGUACCAUAAUGGCUGCUGCUGAUAGUCUCAAGAUAACCGUGUUUGGACGAGGUGGGCAUGGGUCGUUGCCGCAUCAGACUGUGGAUCCUGCUGUUCUAGCUGCACAUAUUGUUAUCAGGUUGCAGACCAUCGUCAGCCGUGAGAUCGACCCCAGUGACCUUGCAGUUGUAACUGUUGGCAGUCUACAAGCAGGUACAGUUGAAAACAUCAUUUCAGACAGAGCGCACAUUGGUCUGGACUAUCGCACAUUGAAGUUGGAGACGCGUGAUAAAAUCAUCAGCGCUAUUAAGCGGAUUGUCGAGGCUGAAUGCAUGGCUAGUGGCUCGCCCAAGCCUCCUAUAUUCACACCCACAAGGAGGUUCUGGCCAAUUGUAAAUGACGAUCAAGUUGCUUCCGAGUUGGUCACCUCCUUUGGAGGGCAUUUCCAAGAUUUCGAUGGAGACACUCCAACAGUCAAUGUCAGCGAAGACUUUUGCAGGCUAGCUGAGGACAUUCCUUCCUGCUUCUGGUUUAUUGGAGGGAUUGAUACCGAGCUUUGGGACGAAGCACAAAGGGACAGCAGUGUUGAAAUACCCGGGAAUCAUUCAGCACUUUUUGCACCUCAGAUCAAGCCAACUAUGAGGUCCGGUGUGGACGCUCUAUGCCUCGCGGCGCUAACAUUCUUGGGGAAAUAA